UGCAGGAUACCUCUAACCCACUUCAAGUCGAUAAGAACCAUCCUGAGAGAACGCAAUAAACUUGACGAUUUUCUAGCACAUCACAAUGCAUCUACGCUCACCCAAAAGUACAGUCACUGUUACCCUUCUGAAUUCUUACUGCUCGACGAUGUUGGCAUCACCUCUGAGCACUUGUCAAAUUACAUGGAUGCCCAAUAUUACGGAGAGAUUAGUAUUGGAACCCCUCCACAGAGCUUUAUGGUAGUGUUUGACACUGGCUCAUCAAAUCUCUGGGUGCCUUCUGCCUACUGCAUCAGCGAAGCCUGCAAACCACAUCGACGCUUUCAAUCAUUCUACUCAUCAACAUAUUCUCCCAGGGGAAACUCUUUUGCUAUACGAUAUGGCACUGGGCAGUUUGUUGGAGUGAUGGGCAAAGAUAAAGUAAAAAUCGGAAACACAGUUGUACGAGGCCAAGAAUUUGGUGAAUCUGUUUAUGAGCCAGGCUCAACAUUUACUAUGGCAAGGUUUGAUGGAAUUUUAGGUUUAGGAUAUCCUGCUUUAUCUGAAGGUGGAGCCUUUCCGGUAUUUGACAGAAUGAUGCACCAGAGUCUGCUGGAAGAGCCUGUGUUUUCUUUCCUACUCAGCAGAGAAAUGGACAGACAUAGAGGUGGUGAACUGACACUGGGAGGAAUUGACCAUUCCCGGUACACAGGGGACAUUAACUGGGUCAGAGUUACAGAGAAGAAGUACUGGAAAAUAUCAUUACAGAAUAUAAAAUUUCACAACACUGUCGUGUGUCGCAAUGGCUGUUCCGCAAUAGUUGACACUGGAACCUCUUUGAUAGCUGGUCCCUACUUGGAAAUAAAAGAAAUGGUUCAUAAUUUUGCUGACUUACAGGUUGGCAUGGGCGAGUUUUUAGUAGAAUGCAAAAAAACACUGAGUUUGCCAAAUGUGACAUUUACGAUUGAAGGUGUGGAAUACACAUUGCAAGCUGAAGAUUAUAUUAAAAAGCUUGAUAGAAGAAACUUAAUGUGCCUGUAUGGAUUCCAAGCUACGAAUGUAUAUACUUCUAAUGACUCACAAUGGAUUCUGGGAGAUGUUUUUCUCGCAAAAUUCUACACCAUUUUUGAUCGGGGACAUGAUAGAGUGGGAUUUGCUAAAUCUCGUCAGUACUGAAGACCUGUGGGAAUGUAGAAGACUGAAGCAUAAGAA